AUGGCUGCAAUGGAUAUCAACGGACGGGCAGCCGACAUGAAUGGCAGAGGUCCUCCGAGACCUCAUACAUCGAACGGAAGACGCCCCGAGAUGCGCCAGCCACCCCCGCGCGGUCCCCCGCCUGGACGAGGUCGAGGAAAUUAUCCAAUGGGCCCGGUGCGAGCCGCUAGCUCAGGCAGACCGGAUCGCCCUGAUCGCGAGUACCCAGACCAUAUGGGUGGGCCGCCUAUGGGCCCGCCACGAAGCGCAACAAUGCCGCUUGGCCCUUCGAUGGGUCCUCCAACCGGCUCUCCCAUAGGAGGACCACUGUAUCCAGGCCAGUCGACCUACCAAGAAUCAGACUACGCAUCAAGUCCCAUUGAAGCUCCUAUGCGUCCCAACACCGCUGGAAGCAUGCGACCUCCGCAAUCCCGUGCCCCAAAUGACAUAGACCCUGGCUUAUUCAUUCCUUCAGAUGGGCUCAUGAUUCCUCCCGAACCAGCCAGUCGCGUCUCGUAUGCACCCAAAGAGUUUUUGGAUAGUUACUACGAGCCUGGCCCCGUUGACGAACCUGAUAUGCCUAAUUUCGACGCCAUGCCCAAUAACCAUCAGAUAACCCCAAUCGAUGAGAUGGGGCUUGCGAUACCAAGUCCAAAGCCGCAAGCUCCUGGGGCAAAUUCCUCUUCCGGGGAGUACACCUCGUAUGCGCCGGAAGAAGUCGAUUUUAUGCGCUCUCAAUCUCAACCAAAAUUUCGCGAGCCCAAUCAGUUUGAGAAUGCAGGAUUCCAGUUCGGUAUUCCCGGAGAAUCUUCUGCUGUUCCUGCUAUGGAUCAUCCGGAUGCUGGAUACAUGCCGAAUAACCAUGAAGUCUACGCUGGCUACUCACAAGGCCCCGCCCCAAUCAGAAACAACCAGCCGGGCUAUUUCGACCAACCCGAGAUUCCAGACCCCCACCAACAUGCCGACUCUCUUCCUCAUCAUCCAGCUCCUUUCCGCCCUGGUCACGACCAAGGUUCUAAGCCCCCACCAGUACGGCAGUAUAGCACCCCUGAAGCUGCUCCUGCGCCCGCCGCUACUUCACAGCAAAUGGGGAUACCCCCCAGUGCACCCAGUGGACCAGCGCAGGUGCCAGUCACGAUUGAAGAGCUCCAGCGUCUGCAACAGAAAGCACGAGCGAACCCCUCCGACCAAAAGGCACACCUCCUCCUCGCAAAAAAGCUAGCCGAGGCAUCCACAGUCCUUGUAGGCGACAACAGCCGCCUAGAUUCGAAAACCAAAGCCAAAGCAAAGGAGAAGUAUAUACAGGACGCCCACAAGAUCGUCAAAAAGCUCAUCGCAGGCGGGUACUCGGAAGCGCAAUUCUUCUUAGCAGACUGCUACGGCGAAGGCCGCCUAGGGCUAGAAGUCGACCCGAAAGAAGCCUUCUCGCUCUACCGCUCCGCCGCAAAGCAAGGCCACGCGCAAUCCGCCUAUCGGGUCGCCGUCUGCUGCGAAAUCGGACAGGACGAAGGUGGCGGCACAAAACGCGACCCGUUCAAAGCAGUGCAAUGGUACAAGCGUGCCGCCGCCCUCGGCGACACACCCGCCAUGUACAAAAUGGGUAUGAUAAAUCUAAAAGGCCUACUCGGGCAAGCGCGCAACCCCCGCGAAGGCGUCUCCUGGCUUAAACGCGCCGCCGAGCGCGCCGACGAAGAAAACCCACACGCCCUCCACGAAUUAGGCCUGAUGUACGAGAGCUCGGGCCCCAACGAUAUCGUCGUCCGUGAUGAGGGCUAUGCCUCGCAGUUGUUCCACCAGGCUGCCGAGCUGGGCUACAAAUUCUCGCAGUUCAAGCUUGGCACAAUGUACGAGUAUGCGCAGCUUGGAUGCCCCGUUGAUAAUCGCCUAAGCAUUAUCUGGUAUACUCGUGCUGCGGCGCAGGGCGAGCACCAGAGCGAGCUUGCGCUCAGUGGCUGGUAUCUUACGGGCUCGGAGGGCAUUCUGCAGCAGAACGAUACCGAGGCGUAUUUAUGGGCGCGCAAGGCUGCGACGGCUGGUAUGGCUAAGGCGGAGUAUGCUAUGGGGUACUUUACUGAGGUUGGGAUUGGGGCUGCGGCAAACUUGGAGGAUGCAAAGAGGUGGUAUUGGCGGGCGGCUGCUCAAGGAUUCCCUAAGGCCCGUGAGCGCCUUGAGGAUCUGAAGAAGGGUGGAAGUCGAAUGCAGAAGACGCGGUUGUCGCGCUCUGCGGUCAAUAAGCAGAGUGAUGGAGAUUGUAUCCUCAUGUAA